CGCUGGCAACCGCAGACUGGCAAAGCCAACGCCAAGAAGUACUUUGAACCACUUGUGCAGCAGGACCCGCAACCUGACGGUGACCAAGGUGAUUUGUUCAGCACAACCUUUCGUGGACGCAGCAUCAAGGGGUGUCAGGUUCAGCCACCCAAGGGCAUGAAAGCACUCCAUCUGCAGCCUACGACACAAACACAGAGCGACAUUGAGGAGCGCACGUGGGCGCCUGUGAAUGAGCUUGAGACGCUGACCAUGUGGAAGUUGGAAUCGCAUCCCCAGAGCAACGACGCCGCCGUCACGUGGCCGCAGGCCGCAGUUGUCGCAGAGGAGGCGCAUGCACCGAUGACAUCUGAGGCGAUGGAGGAGUUGGAAGCGUUUCACAAGCAACAGAUGGCCAAUGGCUCAAGCUGA